AAAAAAGUAAAGCAAGAAAAAACAUGUAAAAAGUUAAAGACAAAUUGCAAAUCGUUAGCAUUUUCCAUUACCCACCCAUUUGUUAUCAUUAUUAUCAAAUCCAUCGCAUUCCCAUUCACCCAGCAUCGAGAUCACCCACCAAAAUCAUGGAGCACAACGAGAUUAGUAUGUGCAUGGACGUCAAAUUGGAUACACAUGACAAACGCGCCAUUGCGCUGCACUACAAAAGCUGGACAAGAUGUCAAGUGAAAAUUGAGGCCAUUAAAUGUGUGCCCUGCUUUCUGCGAUUGAGUUUUCAGCGCCUAAGUGACUUGGACACAACGCAACAACAGCCACAGGGACAGGGCCAGUCCAAGGUGCUGACGAUAUCAGUGAAUGUGCCCGGAGUGAGCCUCAGCCUGGCCAGCUCGCGCACAAAGCAGCAUUCUUAUGGUUUAUUCUGGACACAAAAUCGUCGCGAUUGUUUCAUCUACUUUGCACUAGAAACGGAGACUGCCUGUCGUCGCCAUAUGAAAUGGAUUAAAAAGUCCAUUAAAAAUCUGGAGCUGUACAGACAGGUGUUUUUAGAGCAGCGCCGGCUCAGUCGUGGCGUCAGUGGUAUUUUGUUGGCUCCGGACUCAUUUUGCUUUGAUGUAGAUAUCAGUAGCUUUAAUUUCACGCCGCGCGACUCGCAAAUCUAUGAGGAAAUCUUUGAUGGCAGUCGCAUAUCGCGCGCCUCUAUUGCUUCUGGCAUCUACGAGGAAAUGAAGCCCACGACCGUAUUGGAACUGCCACCAACAUUGCCGCCGCUCCCAGCGCUUCGCAAGCGCAUCAAUACAUUUGAGUCCGCAGCAUGUGAAAUACCGCGCUGCAGCACUAAUCCCGAGUCGGAGCUGGCUAAGAAGAAGAAGUACAAAACUAUGUUGGACAACAUAUUCAAACAAAAGCGACGCUCGGCUAGUGGAAGCGUUCCUAUGCCGACGCCACAGCAGCAACAGCCAAUACAGUUGGCGCCUAAAAUCAGCAGCAACUUGAGUAAUUCACAUCGACACAGCUUCUCCAGUCCCGAUCUAUCGAAACUAAAUUCUCUAGACAUUUACGGCGAGGAGCUAAACAUAAGCCUGGAUGACUCGGCCAUUUUGCAGCAAUCACGUCAAGCUCUUGUAGCGCAAAUAACUCGACAACUAUCGCUGGAAAGUCUCAAUGUAUCAGAGCAGCUGCCGCACAACUUUAACUUCUCCGCCUGCAACACAUCUACCAUCAAUCUUGUUGGCGCCAAUGGAGCCGUGCUGCAGCGCAAGAACCACAUUGUUAUAGAUGAGCAUAAUGGCUACUGUGUAAUGGCGCCCAUCGCUCAAAAGCAGAAGCCCAGUGCUAGCACUGGUUCCAGCUCUUCAGGCUAUUCCACGGGCUCCUAUAGCUCUACCAAUAGCAACGAACCGCCAGCUGUGCCAAAGCCCAACGAAAGCGCUAUCUAUGAACCCAUGCAUGGCAGCUCUAUAAGCAGUUUGUUUGCGGAUCAUUUGUAUGAGAAUCUAUUGGCAGUUAAGGCGGCUCAAGAGCUAGAGAACCCGUCUCUGGGACUAAGCGUUAUGCUCAGCACGAGCACACCCACCGAAUCUCCAUUAGUACCGGCCUUGCCGCCCAAGCAGCAUACACCAGGCGCAGCUAACAGCUGUAAGCAACAGCAGCCGGAAGAGGAUUACUAUCAGACGCCACGCAAGUCCAUCAUAAGUGUGGAUGAAAAGAUACCUUCGUAUUAUCCCAAUAGCUGUAAUACGCUCAAAUCCAAGCGUCGCAGUCCUAGCAGCUUGGCAAGCGCCAAGCAGCUACGCGAACGCAAGGAGAAUCUCUAUAUAUCAUCGCCACAGCAAAUAAUCGAACAGCGCCAGCGUCAGCCAACGAUAUCGCCAUUGAGCAGCAAGACCAAGACUGCGAACAAAAAGACUGCCGCGCACAAAAUCUCCGAAGGUGUUUAUGCUGUUAAGCACAGCUACAACAACAACAACAAUAAUAAUAAUAACAACAACGACGUGGAUGCAGCCAUGAGCAUGUUGCAGCACAUUGAUUUUAAAUUUGAUGACAACCAGCCUAGCUGCAGCAGCAGUAACAACAGCAAACAGUUGGAGGAGGAAUAUGAGAGUUGCUUUCAAGCUGCCGGACAGGCUACACGCAUGCUGCAGAAAUAUGCUACGUUGGCUAAGUUUGGUAAUGGAUCGCCCAAGCCCAAGCCCAAGCAGCAACAACCAGCAGCAACGCCGCCGCCGCCUCCGCAGCAGCAGCAACAACAACAACCAGAGAAACCAAAGGAGCAGCCUUUAAAGAAAUUUGGCACCUUGCCACGUUUCAAGAAAAUAGACUUUUCGCCAUUCAAGCUGCGAUUCAACAAUGUGCUGCAACGUCAAGCAGCGCCACAACAGCCAUAAGCAGCAACGCCUUGUUGUUGUCUAACCAAGACUAUAUAUACCAUAUAGAUAGACUAUUUGCGUAAGCCAAGUUUUUAACGCCUAGCUUGUCCUAGUACAGUUUAUAUAUGCAUGUAUUAUUCAAUGUGAUUUUGUUUUAUAAAUAAUUGUUUACAUAUUUAAUUUGCCACUAAGCUUUAAGUAUAUUAUAGUUAGAUGCGCAUUCUGCUUUUGGAACCACUGAAAGUUUCGAAUUACUGAGUGUCCAGUAAACCUAAUCAUAUCAAGCUGUGUGAAUGUCUACGCUUAAACUAAACUAAAGAAAACUUAUAUACUAUUAAACUAGUUUAUAGCUCAACUGCUCAAUUCUAGCAAAUUAAGAAUAAGGCUUUUAUA